GCCGACUACGUGGGGCGGCUGGGGGUGAGCAAUGACACCCACGUGGUGGUGUACGACGGGGACGACCUGGGCACCUUCUACGCCCCCCGCGCCUGGUGGAUGUUCCGCGCCUUCGGGCACAAGGAGGUGUCUGUGCUGAACGGCGGCUUCAAGAACUGGGUGAAGGAGGGACACCCCAUCACAGCGGAGGUCAGCCAGCCCACCCCGGCCGUCUUUAAGGCCAGGCUGAACACGGCCCUGGUGAAGAGUUUUGAGGAGAUGAUACAGAAUGUGUCGUCCCUGCAGUUCCAGGUGGUGGAUUCCCGCCCUGAGGCCCGGUUCCGGGGGAUCGAGCUAGACCAAGGGCUAGAAUCUGGCCACAUGCCUGGUGCUGUGAACAUACCCUUCCACUCAUUCCUCUCAGAAACCGGCCAUGAGAAGAGUAUUGAGGAGAUCCAAGAAAUAUUCCGUCAGAAGAAAGUGGAUCUCUCAAAGCCACUGACAGCCACGUGCCGCAAAGGCGUCACAGCGUGUCACAUCGCCUUGGCAGCUUUCCUGUGUGGCAAGCGGGAUGUGGCUGUGUACGAUGGCUCCUGGUCAGAGUGGUUCCACCGUGCCCCACCACACUACAAGGUCUCUGAGGUGAAGCGCAGCAAGGGCUAAGAGAGAGGGCUGUGUCUU